AAACCCAGACGUAGCCCGCCUCGGGUCCCCCAGGAAGGGCUUAGAGCCCCCUCUUCCGUGUGGGACCCUGGGCUUGGAAGCAAAGGGCACCAGGGUUUGGAGGUGUGCACGAGGACUGGGUUUGAAAAAUCGCUGCUCAGUUGGCUCUCGGGACCCUUGCUGUCAGGUGCUUGUUUUUAGGAGCUGAACUUGUAAAAAGCCGAAUGCAGGGGAGCUAGGUAUGUGGAUUCCAGGACCGGCGUGAAUCAGGGGUACCGCCGGUUUCAGGGGAGCAGUGAGUGUAGCAUCCCAGCCCCUCGCCGCUCGGAGCUGGCACAUUUUCCCACAGAAAGGACGGUAGAUCUUUAUUUUAAAUGCAUAGGCUUUGUAAACAGACAUUGGACCUGUGUCUGCCACUGCAUCGCCUGCUUUCCCAAAAAUAGCCCCACUGUUUCCGAUGACUUGGAGGGACAGUUUCUCCCCAAAACUUCUGGCUAGGAAAAAUUUUGGAUCUUCAGUAAAGCGUACGGGUGCUUUGCAAGGUUGCUGUUCCCACCGCUUAGUAUUUGGGCAAUCGAGUGGACUAUUUUGUUUAUUUCAAGAGUGAAGUCCUAGGAAGAUGGUUUCACAUUUUUUUUUUUUUUCUAAACUGGUUGGGUCUGUGUCCCUGAGAACAGGAGAAAGAGUUGUUGGAGGCAAAUUUUCAAGGUUUCUUCCAGGCAGUAUUGAGAAAUCUUAUCUCAGACAGCUGCGGGGGAGGAUUUUACUAUCCUUUUGGUGGUUGAAAACAAUAGGUUUUGGUGGUGGUUUAUUCCUGCUGUUUAAAAAGCCCUCUCGCUCUCUUAGGUAUCUAACUCAGGAAAUUAAGUUGUGUGUAGUCAGGUUUAAUGUAGUGAGUGACAGGCAAAUUCUGUCAAGCUGGCAGUUAUUACACAAACAUUUACUCUGGCUUAGAUAAAUAAAAAUUGCCAGAUAAGCUCUGAGAUUUGGGUCUCUAUUGCCAUGAACCUAAACAUCUUGAGAUAAAUACACUGUAGCUCAGCCAUCGUUGAGUUGUUUUUUGAUAGUUAGUGUCUGAGCUUUUAUUUGGAUGUCUAGAACAUGCUCUCGGAAAGAUGGUUAAAUAGAUUACCCGAAGAUUUCCAAAAUGUGUGGUUUUCUUCCAUUGGCACAUUUAGAUAGAUUAACAACCAGCUAUGGUUUCUUACUGGAUCUUACAGAAUGUUGUUACCUGACCUCAUGUGUCUACUGGGCGUGUUACUAUAGAGAACCUCUUAUAUAUAUAUAUUUUUUUUUUUGAGAAACCUUUCUACGAUACAGGAAAGUAUACCAGGAAUAUUGUGACUUCCCCAUCACCAGCCAGCUGGUUAACUUGAGUUUGAUUUAGAUUUGUGGGCAUUCUGCCUUUUUUUUUUUUCUGGUGCCCUCUAAUAGCACCAUCUGGUCAUGUCUCCCCUGGUUUGAUGGAUUUGAAAGAUGGCUGUGACGUAAGCCUGUUCGUCCGCAGAGUGAGGGCAACUUGGGAAUCCAGAGGACUUCAGUUCACUUGCUUGCUGUAUGUGCAGGAAGGCUCUGUCCAGUAACUGUGCCUGGGGUAGCUGAGUGGGAUUUCUGAGAAGGGGCUGCUCUGACUACAUCUGGCCCACCAUGAGGUUCUUCUUACUUUGUGCCUACGUGUUGCUCCUAAUGGUGUCCCCACUGAGGGCAGUCAGCUUUCCUGAAGAUGACGAACCCCUUAAUACUGUUGAUUAUCACUAUUCAAGGCAAUAUCCGGUUUUUAGAGGACGCCCUUCAGGCAAUGAAUCUCAGCACAGGCUGGACUUUCAGCUGAUGUUGAAAAUUCGAGACACACUUUAUAUUGCUGGCAGGGAUCAAGUUUAUACAGUAAACUUAAAUGAAAUCCCCCAAACAGAAGUAAUACCAAGCAAGAAGCUGACAUGGCGGUCAAGACAACAGGAUCGAGAAAACUGUGCUAUGAAAGGCAAACAUAAAGAUGAGUGCCACAACUUUAUCAAAGUAUUUGUUCCAAGAAAUGAUGAGAUGGUUUUUGUUUGUGGUACCAAUGCAUUCAAUCCCAUGUGUCGAUACUAUAGGUUGAAUACCUUAGAGUAUGAUGGAGAAGAAAUUAGUGGCCUGGCAAGAUGCCCAUUUGAUGCCAGACAAACCAAUGUUGCCCUUUUUGCAGAUGGGAAGCUAUAUUCUGCCACAGUGGCUGACUUCUUGGCCAGUGACGCUGUUAUUUAUCGGAGCAUGGGAGAUGGAUCUGCCCUCCGCACAAUAAAAUACGAUUCCAAGUGGAUAAAAGAGCCACACUUUCUUCAUGCUAUAGAAUAUGGAAACUAUGUCUAUUUCUUCUUUCGAGAAAUUGCUGUGGAACACAAUAAUUUAGGCAAGGCCGUCUAUUCCCGUGUGGCCCGCAUAUGUAAAAAUGACAUGGGUGGCUCCCAGCGGGUCCUGGAGAAACACUGGACAUCUUUUCUGAAGGCUCGGCUUAACUGUUCUGUCCCUGGGGAUUCAUUUUUCUACUUUGAUGUUCUGCAGUCCAUUACGGACAUUAUACAAAUCAAUGGCAUCCCUACUGUGGUCGGGGUGUUCACCACACAGCUCAACAGCAUUCCUGGUUCUGCAGUCUGUGCAUUUAGCAUGGAUGACAUAGAGAAAGUAUUCAAAGGACGGUUUAAAGAACAGAAAACUCCAGAUUCUGUUUGGACGGCAGUCCCUGAAGACAAAGUACCAAAGCCAAGGCCUGGCUGUUGUGCAAAGCAUGGCCUUGCUGAAGCCUACAGAACCUCCAUCGACUUUCCGGAUGAGACGCUGGCGUUCAUCAAAUCCCACCCUCUGAUGGACUCAGCUGUUCCACCCAUUGCUGAUGAGCCCUGGUUCACGAAGACACGGGUCAGGUACCGAUUGACGGCCAUCGCCAUUGACCGCUCUGCUGGCCCCUACCAGAACUAUACAGUCAUCUUUGUUGGCUCUGAAGCUGGCGUGGUACUGAAAGUUUUGGCAAAGACCAGUCCCUUCUCUCUGAAUGACAGCGUAUUACUGGAAGAGAUUGAAGCUUACAACCAUGCAAAGUGUAAUGCUGAGAAUGAGGAAGACAAAAAGGUCAUCUCGUUGCAGUUGGAUAAAGAUCACCAUGCCUUGUACGUGGCAUUCUCCAGCUGUGUUAUCCGCAUCCCCCUCAGCCGCUGUGAGCGUUAUGGAUCAUGCAAAAAGUCUUGUAUUGCAUCUCGUGACCCCUACUGUGGCUGGCUGAGCCAGGGAACCUGUGGGAGAGUAACUCCAGGGAUGCUGCUGUUAACUGAAGACUUCUUUGCUUUCCAUAACCACAGCGCUGGAGGCUAUGAACAAGAUGCAGAGUACGGCAACACAGCCCAUCUAGGGGACUGCCAUGAAAUUUUGCCUACUUCAACUACACCAGAUUACAAAAUAUUUGGCGGUCCAACAUCUGACAUGGAGGUAUUUUCAUCUUCUGUUACCACAAUGGCAAGUAUCCCAGAAAUUACACCUAAAGUGAGUGAUACCUGGAGACCUAAACUGACGAGCUCCCGGAAAUUUGUAGUCCAAGAUGACCCAAACACUUCUGAUUUUACUGAUCCUUUAUCAGGUAUCCCAAAGGGUGUGCGCUGGGAAGUCCAGUCUGGAGAGUCCAACCAGAUGGUCCACAUGAAUGUCCUCAUCACUUGUGUCUUUGCCGCUUUUGUUUUGGGUGCGUUUAUUGCAGGAGUGGCAGUAUACUGCUACCGCGACAUGUUCGUUCGGAAAAACAGGAAGAUCCAUAAAGAUGCAGAAUCUGCCCAGUCAUGCACCGACUCCAGUGGAAGUUUUGCCAAACUGAAUGGUCUUUUUGACAGCCCAGUCAAGGAAUAUCAACAGAAUAUUGAUUCUCCUAAACUUUAUAGUAACCUGCUAACCAGCCGGAAAGAGCUGCCACCCAGUGGAGAUACCAAAUCCAUGGUGAUGGACCAUCGCGGCCAACCCCCCGAGUUGGCUGCUCUGCCCACACCUGAGUCUACACCGGUGCUGCACCAGAAGACCUUGCAGGCCAUGAAGAGCCACUCAGACAAGGCCCACAGCCAUGGAGCUUCAAGGAAAGAAACGCCCCAGUUUUUUCCUUCUAGUCCUCCACCCCACUCGCCGUUAAGUCACGGGCAUAUUCCCAGUGCCAUCGUUCUUCCGAAUGCGACGCAUGACUACAACACGUCUUUCUCAAACUCCAAUGCUCACAAAGCAGAAAAGAAGCUUCAGCACGUGGAUCACCCUCUUACAAAGUCAUCCAGUAAGCGAGAUCACCGGCGUUCUGUGGACUCCAGAAAUACUCUCAAUGAUCUCCUGAAGCAUCUAAAUGACCCAAAUAGUAACCCCAAAGCCAUCAUGGGAGACAUCCAAAUGGCCCACCAGACCCUAAUGCUGGAUCCCGUGGGACCCAUGUCCGAGGUCCCACCUAAGGUGCCUAACCGGGAGGCGUCACUCUACUCCCCUCCUUCCACCCUCCCCAGAAACAGCCCCACCAAGCGAGUGGAUGUCCCCACCACUCCUGGAGUCCCAAUGACUUCUCUGGAAAGACAAAGAGGUUAUCACAAAAACUCCUCCCAGAGGCACUCUAUAUCUGCAAUGCCUAAAAACUUAACCUCACCAAAUGGCGUCUUGUUAUCUAGACAGCCUAGUGUGAACCGUGGAGGGUAUAUGGCCACCCCCACAGGGGCGAAGGUGGACUACAUUCAGGGGACACCAGUGAGCGUUCAUCUGCAGCCCUCGCUCUCCAGACAGAGCAGCUACACCAGUACUGGCACCCUUCCCAGGACGGGACUAAAGAGGACACCGUCCUUAAAACCUGAUGUGCCACCAAAGCCUGCCUUUGUUCCUCAGACCACACCUGUCAGACCACUGAACAAAUACACUUACUAGGCCUCAAGUGUGCUCUUUCUGUGUGGCUUUAUCCUGUCCAUGUUGUUGAGAGCAUGAUGUCAUAAGGGUACCGCUGAGACAAGAGACUCUCUUGUAUUUUAGGAGAACCAAGUGGCCAAAGAGACUCUUCCUCACUUUGGCAGCAUCAGAACUUGCCACAUGUAGCUACUGGAGCAAGGCUUCUACGUCCUUGCCUGAAAACCAAGGAAGGUGCUGGUCAUUCCAUUUCUUUCGUUUGAAGCUAAAGAGAUGUGUAGCUUCCGGGGCUACCUUACUGGUAUAAAGAGCUGAUUCAGUACUCAGAAGAAUCUGUGAACAAAUACUUGAAAAUGGGUUCAAUUUAGACUGCCAUUAUGUGUGGUCUUCCCAUUAAAUGUGAACAUUUUAAUACGUAUGCAUUCACCUUGCCUCUUGCACAAAUGUCAAAAAAAAAAAAAAAGAUGGUAAUGUCUCAAAGAAAUGAACUUGUAGAUUUCCAUGCAGAUUGCUAAAAAUUCAGUCUUUGACCCAAACUGUAGCAUUUUUUUUAAUGUGUGGCAUUUUUUUUUCCAUGCCACGACAGUGUUGUGUGUGUGAAUGUGUGUGUGUACACGCGUGUGUGUAUAUGCGCGUGUGUGUGCAUGUGUUCUGUACCCACUAGAAUUUGUCUAGGUGCCCAUUACAUCUUUUUUUGUGCUAUGGAGUUGUUUACAUUGAGCAUGACUGAACAAGACACAGUCACUUCUUCCCUCAGCUGUCUAUUGUGUUCAGCUUUGAGAAAAGAGUAAAAUCAAGGCUCCUUUGACCAUCAAAAUGAUCAACUCCACCUAUGUGGUACCCAAUGCCAGAAUGUAAGAGUUCUAAGUAAUUUUGUGCUGCUAUUCUUGAAAACUUCUAUUCCCGUCUUGCCAGCUUAAGGAGAUAGAGAUAUUAAGAACUAUCGUUGAAUAUCCACAAGUAUUCAGUAGUAAAAUUUACCUGUCCACUGUGAAUCAAAACCUGAGUCCCAUCAUAUAACCUUGGACACUAAUAGUGUUUAAUUUGAUUGUGUUUAUUUUUUUCCCCAUGUAGCAAAAUUUCUCCUCUUCUAACUCCUCCUACCCACCACGUUAAAAAAAAAAUAAAGAAGAAGACAAAAGAAAGACAUAUGAAAAGAAUUGUAAUUGGCUUAACAGAAAUGGCCUGUGAAAACCUAACAGUGGUGCAAUCAUAUUGUCUAUGUUGUGUUUUGUGAGAAUUUUGCCCUAAGUCAUGCAGGUAAUGACAAUAUACUGUAAAUACCACGUGUGAGUUUACCCGAAUCUGUGCAUUUUGUGCCUUAUUCAUGAGAAUGAUAGAAGUACUAAAAUAUGUCACGUGUUUUCAAUAUAGCACAUCAUUUACUGAGUGCCAGUUGUAAAUGUUUUUCAACCAGCACCUGAAAGACUUUUAAAAAAAAAAAUCCAGAAACAAUCUAGAACAAUUAAUUGUUAAAUAGUCCACUCGAAUAGCAGCAUUACAUCUUUUGCCAUGAUCAACAUUCCACUUCCGCUUUCCUAAGGAUGACACAGGGAGAAUGUGAAGUUAAAUGAGGUUUCCUGGGGAAUGACACCUGAGGAAACCAGAGUCAUUUGCAGGGAGUUUGGCAGAGAACACUUACAGUUGAUGAUGUGCAACCCCGCUGACUAUUUCAAUUAAUAUGCUGCACACCACACAAUUGUUGAUUGAACCUAAUCUACAAAGCACCAAGGCAAAGGAAUGCUCAGACAAGUUAAGUUCAGCUGAUGUCUUGUGCUAACGCUGUUGGUAUAUAGUAGUUGGGGGAGGACGGGUGGCCGAAGACCAGAUCAUUUUUAUACAGAAUGUAGAAUACUGAUAACAGUUAUUCUUUUCCUUUGAGAACAUUGUUUUAUAAAGAACAUGAUUUUCCUGUGAUCUCUGGAAGCUCAAAAGCUAAAACUUUCAUUCUUGAAACACUUCAGCUUUGCAACUAAAAUAUUACAGAUUAAUAAUAAAUUAAACCAACCAAUGGUAAACUCUACUCAGUCCGCCAAUGACAAACGUGUUUGAAUUUAUCUUACCAAUAUUAAUCCCAGCGUGUAUAAAACAGAACAGUAACUCUGUGUGACCCCGAUAACAUUUUGUAACAUUGUGCUGCCUUGUAGUUUGUAAUGUGAGUUCUAUCAGUAUUUAUGUUGAGUUUUCUAACAUUAAAUCUAGUCUCUAUCCUGUUAAUUUAAUUUUUAAAUGCUUUAUCCAUUUGUGCAAAGGUAAAACACAGAUUGUAUCUUUUUUAAUGGUACGGCAUAAAAAGUAACCCUAAAGUGAAGUGACUCUAUACUGUUUUAUAGAGUACUUUAACAUGUAUAGAUAUCUUGUAAACUUGUAUUGUGGAUGUGUAAAUAAUAUGUACUUGGGGUUUUUAACACCGCAUGUAAAGUCAAAAUAAAAUAUACAACUCAUGA